AUAAGCUUUUGCUAUAUACUAAACUUCUUCUGGAGAGGCCGUCGCACAUGGAGACUCUCUCGAUUCCCGCCGCUGCGUGGUUUUCCGGCGGCGCCAUUCAUCCGCCGCACGCGAGGCUUUCUCUGCCGUACCUCCUUCGGAAACCGCCGAACAGGAAUGCCCCACGCUUGCCCGCCUUAAACGCCGCUUCUCGCUCUGUGAGUGAGCUUGUGGAGGAAGAUGUGUUGCAAAUGUUCUUGAAAGACAGAGAAGAAAAUGGAGAUUUCAUUUCCAAAGUUUCUGAUAGGCUCUGGUUCAGGGAGAUUCUCGAAUCUAUUGAUCUUAAUUCUGAUGGAGCCUCUUCAACUACUGGACUUGAUAAUAAUCAGGAGAGCUUGAUGUAUGGCGCAGAUGAUGAUGAAAGCGGUUUCUUGAAACUUAAACCGACCCAAGAAUGGAUUGUUGGGGAAAGUGAUUCCGCUCCCAUGAAUAGGAAAGCUCUAGCGAAGGCAUUACGGGAUGACAGCGAGCGAAGGAAGAAACUGAACUUUCUGAAAUAUGAAGCUCUGAAGCGUGAACUGAUGUACCUGUCAAUUGUGAUUGGAACCGGGUGCAGCGGAUAUUGCUUACUAGCUUUAUCACCCCAGGCUGCCGUAAGCUAUGCAGUUGGAGUUCUUUUCAGUUGCUUGUACCUUCAGCUUUUGUACGGAUACGCGGAUGGUGUUUCUCGUGAAGCUGUUCCUAACAUCUUCCUGAAAAAGAAGACUAAAAAAAUCGGGAUUAGAAGUGAAGACCUUGAAGACUUUGUAGAGAGGACCAUCAGGGGAAGCGGCAUGGCUCUCUCUUCCCCACGUCUAGUGAUUCCAGCUGCAGUUUAUGCUUUGUGGCUACUCUCUCACAAGUAUUUGCAAAAUGACUUGUUCGAUUUUCAGAUAGUUCCAGCCAUGGUAGGUUUGUUUGUAUACAAAGCCGCAGCUCUGGUUCAAGUGUAUAGAGACAACCAAGAUCUUCAAUUCAUCUUCCCAGACGACUAACUACAGAGUUCCCGAGAAAAAACCAACCUCUCGAGUGAGACAAUUAACCGCAGGGGAGGGGAACCGCGGAUUUGUGUACAUGAUCUUAGAGGGAAACAGAAACUUGACUCAUUUGCUAAGACUUGUAGCUGAGCCUGAGGAUGUAGAGUGUGUUGUGAGUUGUACGGAGAGAUUGACUAAAGUUUCUCAAAGCAAAUUUGUGUGCUCGUUUUUUUCAUCUUCAAUGUCGUCUUCUUGUAAAUUUGUAGUUGUCUGAGUAUAUCAAUUUUUGUAUCAGAUUUAUAUAGUUUUCAAGGGAAAAUACAGUAUAUUUCCUAUGUCAAUGUACCAAAAACGAAAUUAUUGAACAUGUGUGGAAAAGUUGAAAACAA